UCUGCGUAGAUGAAGGCAAUUAUAUGUGAAAUAAAAAAAGGGCUGGUUAUUUGCUGGAUAAAUGGGGAUCAAGGCUGGAGCGUAUGAACACAAUACAUUUGCAACUGAAAGAAAUGAAUGAAAUUGCAAAAAAUAAGGCUACCUGUAUUGUCAUAAAAACGUGAAAUAAAAGCAAUAUUGUUAUAUUAUUAUAGGAGAACAGUACGAGGAGGCUGCAAUUAUUCAUAACGUCUUUUUCCUAUGCACUGUGAAUAAGCUGUAUAAUCUGUUUGCUUAUGUGAGGCUGCUUUAGGUGACUUGUCAGCAAUUAUGGACACAGAAUCUUCCAACGGGAAAGAAGCCAUGGAUGGUGCAGGCGACAGCUCUGAGGCCAUGGACACUCGGACUGGAUCGGUGGACGAGGAGAACGGCAGGCAGCUGGGAGAGGUGGAGCUGCAGUGUGGAAUCUGUAUGAAGUGGUUUACAGCCGACACAUUCAGCAUUGACACUGCAACCUGCCUUCCCUUCAUGACAAACUAUGUUUUUCACUGCAACGUGUGUCAUCACAGCGGCAAUACCUAUUUCCUAAGGAAACAAGCCAACCUGAAGGAGAUGUGCCUUACGGCUCUUGCCAACUUGACGUGGCGCUCCAGGAAUCAGGAGGAGCAUCCUAAAACCAUGUUUUCGAAAGACAAGGAUAUAAUCCCUUUUAUUGACAAGUACUGGGAAUGCAUGACCACCAGACAGAGACCUGGCAAAUUAACAUGGCCAAAUAACAUUGUAAAAACCAUGAGCAAGGAACGGGAUGUCUUUCUGGUUAAAGAGCACCCAGAUCCGGGAAGCAAAGACCCAGAGGAGGACUACCCAAAAUUUGGUCUCCUUGACCAGGAUCUAGGCAACAUUGGGCCUGCUUAUGACCAGAAACAGACUGCUUCCGUGACCACAGCAGGAGGCCUAAAUGGUGGAUCCUCUUUCGCAGGUGGACUGGCGCCUGGAGGCACUGGGAAAGGCAGAGGAGCCAAACGCAAGCAGCAGGAUGGGAGCACAGCAGGAACAGCCAAGAGAACAAGAAGUGACCCCCUUUUUUCGGCUCAGCGCCUGCCCCCCCACGGGUACCCCCUGGAGCACCCCUUCAACAAGGAUGGGUACCGCUACAUCCUGGCGGAGCCGGACCCCCACGCACCAGACCCUGAGAAAUUGGAACUGGACUGCUGGGCAGGGAAGCCCAUCCCUGGGGACCUGUACAGAGCCUGCCUAUAUGAGCGUGUGCUGCUGGCCCUGCAUGACAGAGCACCUCAGUUGAAGAUCUCGGACGAUCGGCUGACCGUGACUGGAGAGAAAGGCUACUCCAUGGUUCGGGCGUCUCAUGGUGUUAGGAAAGGGUCCUGGUACUUUGAGGUCACCGUUGAUGAAAUGCCUCCAGACACUGCCUCUAGACUCGGCUGGUCACAGCCUUUGGGUAAUCUGCAGGCACCACUGGGCUAUGACAAGUUCAGCUAUUCCUGGCGCAGUAAGAAAGGUACAAAGUUUCACCAGUCCAACGGCAAGCACUACUCGGAUGGCUACGGCCAGGGGGAUACCCUGGGGUUUUACAUCUGUCUCCGUGAUGGCACAGAGACUGCCAAGGCCCUCCCAGACACUUACAAAGAUAAGGCCUUGAUUAAAUUCAAAAGCUACUUGUAUUUUGAGGAAAAGGACUUUGUAGAUAAAGCAGAGAAGAGCCUCAAACCAAUGAGCUCCAGCAAAAUGAUAUUUUUUAGGAAUGGUGUUAGUCAAGGAGUUGCGUUCGAAGACCUAUUUGAAGGAAUUUACUUCCCUGCCAUCUCCUUGUAUAAAAGCUGCACUGUGUCUGUAAAUUUUGGACCGCAUUUUAAGUACCCUCCAAAGGACGUCACAUACCAACCAAUGAGCGACAUGGGCUGGGGCGCAGUGAUCGACCACACUCUGGCGGACAUACUGUAUCACGUGGAGACCGAAGUGGACGGCCGCCGUAGCCCUCCCUGGGAGCCCUGAACCCUGAGUUGACGUCUGAAACCUCUGGACACCUUCCUGCUGCUCUGUACUGAGACCUAUCUAAACCAGCAGGCUGACCACGAACAAGUGUACCAGGGAACAACAAGCAUUGUAACACAACACAUUCAAAUAGUACUUUUGAAUUGGGGAUAUGACGCACAAAGCCUUGUCAAAUAUGUAUGUGCUGCUCCAAAAUGAAACAAAGGUUUGGAAUGUGAGUCAACCUAAAACCCAUAGUUAAUUUUCCGUAUUUUUUAUAUAUUGCACAUUAGAAAGUGUAGUCCCAGGCUUUCAAUUCCAUUCCCUACCUUUUGUCUUCAGUACCUCCUUUAUCAUUGUGAAGUUGAACUUUUAAUUUGAUACAUUUUCACAGUGAAGUCAUAAAGAUAUUGAAGCCCUCA